GUCCCAUCGUGCCCUGCGCUCACGCGCACUACGUGAGAGCAAGAUGGCCGACACGGCGGCCGGGCCUGGUGGCUCUGGAACGCGAUCAGGAAGUAAGCAGUCCACUAACCCUGCUGAUAACUACCACCUGGCCCGGAGGAGGACUCUGCAAGUGGUUGUGAGCUCCUUGCUGACAGAGGCUGGAUUUGAGAGCGCUGAGAAAGCAUCUGUGGAAACAUUGACGGAGAUGCUGCAGAGCUACAUCUCAGAAAUUGGGAGAAGUGCCAAGUCUUACUGCGAGCACACUGCUAGGACCCAGCCCACACUGUCGGAUAUCGUGGUCACACUGGUCGAAAUGGGGUUCAAUGUGGACACUCUUCCUGCUUAUGCAAAACGAUCCCAGAGAAUGGUCAUCACUGCACCUCCAGUGACCAAUCAGCCAGUGACACCCAAGGCCCUCACUGCAGGGCAGAACAGGCCCCACCCACCACACAUCCCCAGCCAUUUUCCUGAGUUUCCGGAUCCCCACACCUACAUCAAAACUCCGACAUACCGUGAACCAGUGUCUGACUACCAGGUCCUUCGAGAGAAGGCUGCAUCUCAGAGACGAGAUGUGGAGCGAGCGCUCACCCGCUUCAUGGCCAAGACAGGCGAGACCCAGAGUCUUUUCAAGGAUGAUGUCAGCACUUUCCCCUUGAUUGCUGCCAGACCUUUCACCGUCCCCUACCUCACAGCCUUGCUUCCCUCUGAGCUGGAGAUCCAGCAGAUGGAAGAGACAGACUCCUCAGAACAGGAUGAGCAGACAGACACAGAGAACGCCGCUCUUCAUGUCAGCACGGGCGACUCUGGAGCUGAGAAAGAGAACGCUUCUGUGCUGCAGCAGAACUCCUCCUUGUCUGGCAGCCGGAACGGGGAGGAGAGCGUCAUUGAUAACCCCUACCUGCGCCCCGUGAAGAAGCCCAAGAUCCGCAGGAAGAAGUCCCUCUCCUGAGCUGGGAUGGAAACCGCCCUGUAAGGGAGAGGACGCCGCUUUCCUGGGGGCGUGAAAUCAGAGGGAGAAGAAGGUGACAUCCUUUUGCCCUUGCCCAGGCCGUAUCAUGUCAGUAGCGCCGUCUCUGAAGACAGCCUGCUUUGCAAACAGGCCAGGGGGCUGCUGCUGACGCAUUGACUAAUCCCAGGACGUCAUUCCUCUGAAACCUGGAGGGCCAGGGAAAGUGGCAGGAAGAAAAGGGCCCACUCUCUGCCAAGUAUGUCUUCCAGGCCACCCGGAUCCCCCACAAGAAUCAUGGCAUUGAUUUACCAGCCCAGAACCUCAUCUCACUUCUCUCUGGACUUGGGCCCCAAGAUCCCUGUGGAACUGAUGGAAAGUGACUUUGUAACCCUCAUCAUGUUAGAAACAGGCCCACACUGUGGCUUUGAUCUGGGGCUGGCAGGAGCUAGGAGUACAUGUGUUAAUGAAGAUGACAGUGGCCAUCAGAGUGGCCUUAUCUCUGACCAGCAUUGACUGAAGCGGAUCACUGGGGACAUCCCCUUGAACAUGGGUCUCAGAGCACCCUUCUGGUGAUGACGGUCUGACCGGAGCCUGUGGUGUGGUUAGUUCUUCUGGGAUAAUACACCUUGAAGAGGGCUUAGCAGGUGGGGUGGGGCUUGUUUUGAGGGCGAGGCUUAGUUGAGAAACACAGCUGAUGGUGGAAGCCACGGUCCUCCCGCCCGAGGGUCCUGCUGAGAGCAGAACUGUCAAGGAGCAAGUCUGUCCCCACCCUCCUGCACCUCCCUGGGAAGAAGAUGCCAUCCCUUGCUUUCCCCACUAAUCGUGAACCCUGCCUCAGGGAAGACACUGCAAGUUGCUGUCUUUGGCUGGUUCUGAAAAGAGGCAUUGAGAAACCAAACCCAAGGCAGAGUGGAUGGACACAUGGAACAUGAUAGGAAGAGGCUGUGUCCUUCCAGGGUCGGAGCGCUGAGCCGUGUAUAAUAUUUCUCUCCAUACUCCACCUUGGCCGCUGCCGCUCCUCCUCUUUUUCACCUCUCACCCGACCCCCCGUGUGUUUUUGAGACAGGCUCUCACUCUGUAGCCCAGGCUAUCCCAGAACUCACUGUGUCUCCCGGCUUGGUGGUCCUGCCGCAUGCUAUGAUCACUUACGCAUCUGGGCAGGGAGGUUGCAACUUCCCCGCUGUACUCUGGAGUCUUUGGUCCCUUUGCCUGGAGGAAAAAAAGCUCUGUCUGAAAUUGAAGAAAGGUCACAAAGUGGUGAGAAAGUGAGCUUUCUGGGCUCUCAACCAAACAGGAGUAUUUUCAUAGUGACUCAGAACUUCCAGAUGGGAACAAGACCAACUGGCCUCCAUUGUGAGAGCUUGGGAUGCACUUGACAGCUCAUGACCAGCGGCUGAAAUCCAGUGCCCGGCCAGUUAGGAGCUGCCACUCCUUGUCCUUCCUGCCCCUUCUAGUCAGCACCCUGCUGCACCAUGGUCACUGUCCGAAGCCAAUGCCUGUUGGUCAGGCAUGUUGUGGGAGGUGGGGGGAGGGGCUCUAGCUGCCCUGGCCUCGGAGCUGUGAUUUCUCUUAGAGCAGAGAUGCUGGGACAUUGACCUGGGUGGUGUUGUGCUGAGACAGAAUUCUCAAUGUAUAUCUAUAUAUUUCUAUUUUUAUAAGUUGGGAGAGUCUUCUUAGAGGGAAAAUAAAGUGUAACUUAGGAAAAAGCCUGUAAUAAAAUUCAGAAUAAAAACUUGGUAAAUGAA